AUGUCAGCCUGGGACGUUACACCGCCGGAGGCCAUGGCAGCGGCCAAAGGACAGGAGCACGAUAUGCGCUCAUCCAUCCCAGAGAGUUCUGAUGACAGGUUUCCAGUCAAGGCCCAAGCCAGUGGGCGCCCUCGUUCAGUCCCAGACAUCAUGGGGCCACAGAAUCUUCUCAGACCGGGACCUUUCCCAGAGGCAGUACCAGUCACGGACAUUAAGACAGAGAAGGAGGAAAUGCAGGAAAAGCAACACCCAGGCGGCAAGGUAGAACAGGUGCUCAGCGAUGGCCGGACGAUCGUCACCUUUCCCAAUGGCACCAGGAAGGAGAUCAGCGCUGACAAGAAGAAUGUGCUCAUCAGGUUCUUCAAUGGAGAUGUGAAGAAGAUCAAACCAGAUCAGAAAGUGGUUUAUUACUAUGCAGAUGCUCAGACAACACACAUCACCUACCCGGAUGGUAUGGAAAUUGUGCAGUUUCCAAACAACCAGACAGAAAAAUUCUACCCUGAUGGCUCCAAGGAAACAGUGUUUCCAGAUGGGACAGUGACAUGGCUCAAGAAUGGGUGUGAGAAGACCGUAUUUCCAGAUGGGACGACUGUAAAUGUGAAAAGGAAUGGUGACAAAACCAUCAUGUUCAGCAAUGGGCAGAAGGAAAUCCACACAGCCCGCUUCAAGAGGAGGGAAUUCCUCGACGGCACUGUCAGGACUGUGUACUGCAGCGGCUGCCAGGAGACCAAGUACGCCUCUGGGAGGGUCAAGGUCAAGGAUGAGAGUGGGAACAUCAUCCUGGACUGGAAGUAG